AUAAAACCAGAGCAUGUCAAACAUCUGUUUGCCUUUCCACAAUUCUUCAGUUUACUCUCUCUUUGCAUUUAUUAAAGUGGAAAGCGAAAAUUUUCAAAUAGAGAUGUAAAGAUUUUUAAAUUAUAGAUGGAAUUUUUUUAAAAGCGAAUUUUGAAGAUUUUAAAUAAAUGUUAUUUACAGUCUUAAUAUCAAAACACAUGAGUUUAUUUGUGAUGUUGAUAAAAUAACUGUUUCAUUCUUGUUGAAUUUAUAGAAUAACACACCGCGCGAUAAAAAAUUUCAAAUAUUCUAUAUGAAGUUGAUAAAAAAUGAUUUUAUAUGAGGCAAUGCGCGCUAUAGUUUCGUGUACGCAAUCCAGAAGAAUGAAGUUUGUUGUAGACAUGUAGGUGCCACAUCUUUCUUUAUUUAUCUAAUGUUGUUCUACUUUUGAGUUCAAAUGGCAGGAAUAGCACGGCAUUCGAUGUACUAUAAAAAACUGUUUUAUACCGCAACUAGAUUGAGCCGUUACACAGUCCGAAGUAAACAGUUUGUGAGUAUAGGGUGUGUUAAAGCACUGUCGAGGGUCCAGGACGGUAGUGCACUCGCAUAUGACUCUCUCGGUCCAAGGCGACGCCUCCGAAGGGAGUUCCACGUUUCGCCCGUAGUUCUUGAAGAUAAGAUAGUCAGCGUACCGCCGUUCCCUGAAUCCGUGACUGAGGGAGAUCUUCGAUGGGAGAAAAAAGUCGGCGAUACGGUGACCCACGACGAGGUGGUGUGCGAGAUCGAAACGGACAAAACGGCCGUCCCUGUGCCCGCUCCUACUGCCGGCGUGAUCGUCGAGAUAUACAAGGAGGACGGAGCGACCGUCAAAGCGGGGCAGCAACUGUUCAAACUGAAAGUCGGCCCUGGGGCGGGUCCGCCUCCUGCACCGAAGGCGAAGCCGGCAGAAGCGAAACCGGCCCCUGCAGAGAAACCGGCCCCUGCAGCGAAACCGGCCCCUGCAGCGAAACCGGCCCCUGCAGCGAAACCGGCCCCCGCUGCGAAACCGCCUCCGGCUGCCAAAGCGCAAAAAAGCCCGAAAGCAGAACCACCUGUCGCGCCUCCACAGCGUCCAGCCCCCCCGCCAAAGCCCGAAAAAGGCGCAGCACCGCCACCCCCGAAAGCAGCCGGACCUUCGACGCCCCCGGCCAAACCUGCAGACCAGCCGCAUAAAAUAAAAGGCACCCGGACCGAGGUCAGAGUGAAAAUGAACAGGAUCAGACAGAGAAUAGCCCAAAGGCUUAAAGACGCCCAGAACACCAACGCCAUGUUGACGACGUUCAACGAACUGGACAUGACUUCCAUAAUGGCAUUCCGAAAAGUUCACCAAGAAGCUUUCUCUAAGAAAUUCGGCGUGAAAUUAGGCUUUAUGUCGGCCUUUGUCAAAGCAGCCGCUUACGCCCUGCAAGACCAGCCGGUGGUGAACGCCUUCAUCGAUGACGCUGAUAUAGUUUACAGGGAUUAUAUCGACAUAUCCAUUGCUGUGGCUACUCCCAAGGGGCUGGUAGUGCCUGUUAUAAGGAAUGUUGAGAAUAUGAGUUACGGCGACAUCGAGCUGGCGAUUUACUCCCUCGGAGAAAAGGCGAAGAGUGGCAAAUUGUCCAUCGAAGAUAUGGACGGCGGGACGUUCACCAUCAGCAACGGUGGCGUUUUCGGCUCGCUUAUGGGCACCCCGAUCAUAAAUCCUCCACAGUCGGCGAUUUUAGGAAUGCAUGCUACAUUCGAGAGGCCGGUUGUUGUGAAAGGACAGGUGGUCAUAAGACCGAUGAUGUAUCUUGCGCUCACUUACGACCAUCGUCUCAUAGACGGACGCGAAGCGGUGCUCUUUCUCAAGAAAAUCAAAGCGGGAGUCGAAGAUCCAAGGAUAAUAUUAUCAGGAAUUUGAGAGUUUGAAAUUUUUCGUGGUCCGUUUACUGAUAAAGAGCAGUAUUUCUUUGCCAAAAGUGAAAAUCAAAUUAAUAAUACACAUAUAUAUCAUUAUUU